AAGCAGCUUUUGGAUCCAGGCCUCAUUUGGAGCCAGUAUAACCUCUUGCAUCUCCUCCCCAACACAAUCGCCAAGCUGGAUUUCCUGCAGAUGAAACACCUGAAGCGCAAGCGGAAGAGCAAUUACAGCGUGAAGGAGACCCAGACUCUUAUCCGAGAGAUCCACAAGCGCAAGGACAUCCUCUUCUCCCGGCAGCAGAACACCGCCAUCAAUGAGCUGAAGCGGCGGGCCUGGGACGAGGUGGCGGACUGCGUCAACGCGCUGGGGGAGGGGGAGCUGCGCACGGCGGCCGAGGUCAAGCGGAGGUACCUGGACUGGAGGGCGCUCAUGAAGCGGAAGCAGAUCCGAGCCGAGCUGUCGGGACUCAAAAACGAGUAUAACCCCUCGUCCCCGGACAACGAUAACUCGCUGAGCGGGGACCAGUCUCUGGACCUGAGCGGGUUCCCCAAGGACUCGGCCUGCGACUGGCAGGACCUCUCUGACCUGGGCGAGCCCAGCAGUCACACCUCCUCUGGCAUUAAGAUGGAGGACGAAGAGGCUAACAGCUACAGGCUGGAGGGUGAAGGUGGAGAGGGAGAAGGAGAGGCAGAAGGAGAAGAGGAGGAUGAAGAUUGUUUCCCCUCCAUUCUGCCGGACAUGGAGCGUGAGGGCCGUGUCCCGGAGGUGUUCGCCCACAUCGACGAGUUCGGUGUGCUGAGCUCCUCCAAGGCUGCCGGCGGCCGGGACCUGGGGCUGGGCGUGGCCGGGGUGGGCGUGGCCGGGGCCGACAGCACGGGGCUGCUCAUCGCUCUGGAGAAGCAGCGGCUGGACCUGGAGAAGCACCGGCUGCAGGUGGAGACGGAGCGGCUGCAGGUGGAGAAGGAGCGCCUCCUGGUGGAGAAGGACAAGCUGCGGCAGGUGGACGUGGAGCACGAACGGCUGCAGCUGGAGAAGGAGCGGCUGCAGGUGGAGCGGGAGCGGCUCCGGCUGCUCAUGUUCCAGGCGGAGCGGCCGCCGCCGCCCCCCUCCUCCAAGGACUGCGACAAGGACAGGAAGCCGUGGGCGCCCGCCAUAGACCUGGAGGCCGAGAAGCUCAAGCUGGAGAAAGAGCGGCUCCAGCUGGAGAAAGAACGCCUGCAGUUCUUCAAGUUCGAGUCGGGCCGCCUGCAGAUCGAGAAGGAGCGCUUCCAGGUGGAGAAAGAGAGGCUGCAGCUGCAGAAGGAUGGCCAGCAGAUAGCGCUGCACCAGGGCCACUAGCCUGUUCAGAGGAGGCCUUUCUGUGAGACAGAGAUCUGUGAGAGAUUGUGGGGAGGAGACGUAUCAGGACCGAAAGAUCAAGAGUGCAGUUGCCUUGAAAUUGUGAGUGAGGGUCGCAGGAUUGGCCCGUAGGAGCCAGCGUGUGCCGGUGCGUUUUUAUUCUUUUUCACUCAGACUUUGGUCAGGGCAGUAACUCAGAAGUUUGUGUGUGCAAAAUGUUCAGUGAUUUCAAGAGUCCUGGAGAACAUUCAGGACACUGGCUGUCCAGAAACAGGUCUGCCACCCAAAAUACGUGGAGUUUUUAAAUUUGGAUACAUAUUUAUGUUUGUAUUUUUGGCCCCAGUAUUGUGUGAGUACACUGGUCGGGGAAGUACUGGUAAAAGUGGCUGUGGUCCUCUUACGUGUGUGACCCACACUGAGGAUGGACAUUUCCCCUCCCAGCUGUGCUUUGAUACGUAAGAGUCCUACGGCAAUGAAUGCCUCGGUGCUUUACUUCAAUGGAGCAUCAUUUUACUCUGAAACAGUACUAGGGGUGUGAACAGUUUAUCGAUUCGUUGAUUGUCUGUUUUUCUUUUUUAAAUUCUCAACCCAUUCAAAACAAAAGAUCACCGAAUGUUACCUAGGCUACUUCUCUAAAUGGGUAAUACAGCAGGUGGGCGGGGCUUGUUGUCAUUCACUUUACUUACUGACAGUUGAAAAGAUGGCCAGCUUGCAAAAAAAGUGCCGUGUGGAAUGAUUUAGAAAAGCUCAAUGAAAACACUGUUCAGUGCAAAAUAUGUGCUGCCAAAUUCGCAUACCACACGUCAACACACAAAAACCAAACAUCCGAAGCCAAGGAAUCACAGCAAACAAGCAUCCAACUUCCUAGUGAGGCCUCGUCAGUGUGACAGCUGUCCAGCUGACAUCCUGGCAGAUUUAAUUGCUAAAAUGGUAAUGAAAGACAUGCUCCUCAUCAGCAGUGUAGUGGGUGAACGGUUUUGGGACCUGUUGCCAUUUGUUGAGUCUAACUGUACUCCCGUGCUAUGUACUGUUGUGUGAUAAACCAUCACAGACUUGAAUGUAGUGAAACAGCCACCUCUCUCCAUAUCAUUCUAUACAUGUUUUGAUAACCAUCUAUGUGAGGACAGCACUAACCACUGAGUCUCGCGUGACUAUGACUUUCCACUUCAUUGAAGAUUGGGUGCGUUUAGUGAACAAAGAAGCAUACAAUCAUUCUGAAAAAAAUAUAGCAAUGCCUAUUUUUUAUUUUUUUAAAUGUUUGAAUCUCGUGAUCUGCCUGACUCAAGUAGUGGGAUGUCUUUAUUAGCAGUAUCCUACAUGAAAGGGUUAAAAAUUAGGUAAUUUCCCUUUUAAGACAGCAACUAGUCAAUGGUCAGAAAUGUGUGUCGUUCACAUCCCUGAACAGUACCAGUAGCAUCGGUGCUGUGUAAUGCACUUCACCCCCAAAGAAAGAUCAAGUCUCGGACCGUUCCAACUCGUGUGUUGGUUUUGCUUUCUUCUAUAAACUUUAUCUUCUAUAAAGUCUAUAAAUCAGGUGAGUCAAAAUAAAAUCGUGUGUCAGUUAGUGUUUGUGAAAAGUGCUGUGUGUACUGUCUGUAGGAAUUUUCCGGUCAGAUCUGUGCCAGUAGUGACACCAGCUGAGCGGGGUGCUUCCAGGGUGCCCAGCUGAUCCAGCAACCUUAUCUGCUCAGAAGCGGUUUAGCAGAAUGGCAUGUCCCAUAUAAUUCACACAUUUACAAAGUAGGUUCUACAAUUAUAUAAAUUGUUGGAGGUUUCGUCAGUGUGCUAAAAUAAAUUCAAACAAAACAGGCACACCCCCCAAAGGAGUCUGGUACUUAUUUACCAUUUCAUCCUGUUUUUGUGCCAAGUUCAUGAAGUAAAAUGCACAAACUUUAUGCUAGCUAAUUACCGGGAGAUAUUCAGUAGCAUAAUUGCUCGAUGUGGAUCCCAUCUCUGUCCUUCAUAAAAUGCAAUGAGUGUUUUGAACUGGAUCCACAUAAGUAAGCACUGGUGCACAUGCACUUUCUUUUGUGCCAAAAGCACAAAUGAUACAAAAAAUGAAACCUGAGAUUACCAGCUUACUGUUAAGUUUAAACAUUUCCAGUCUGUUGCUUUUUCUUCUGUUUUCUCUAUUUUCACAUAAAGACACUGUAUUAAGCCGUAGUUCAAACAUGGGACUUGGCAACAUGUAAAUGUAUUUUUUUUGUGCAACCAGAAGCUUCAGAUUCAAAGAUGGGUUUUAAUCCAAAGCUGAUGAAUAGCUGUGUGUCACACACAGGCUGGGAAAGUUACACUUCCAGUUAUCAUUCACAAGAACAGGACAUGCCUAUGACACACUCUUCAGCGGGGGGUGUUGCUGUCCAAACCAUGGAAGGGAGAUGAGUUGAGCCCUUCAGAGACGUUUGGAGAGGUUUGGGGACCAUUCAUACCUAUUUGGCAGAGACUCAUCUGGCACACGAGCGCUUUGUUCUGUCAGCUCAUUUUAGUUCUUACUGGAAUCCUAGACUGUGAACAACUAGAUAUCUUUAUCAGUAACUAAAUAUGGGCACUGGAAAUCACAGUGUUUUGAAAAAAAAAAAAAAAAAAAAGUUUUUCUGAAUAAUCGAUGAUACAGUGUCUUGGAGUAGAUUAAACCUUGACUGGUUCUGGUUUCUUGUCCGUAGUGCCACAAGUGCAUUCUUUCAUUCAGUAUCAGAGUCAUACAUGUACAUGUGUACUCCAUGGCUUUCAAGUUAUAAGCUGUUAUUUAGAGGAAGAGGAAAAUAGGUGGGAAUUGUGAAAAAAUGCUAUUUACUGUAAACUAUGUAAUGUGUGUAGAACUGUUAUUUAAGGAUGAAGCACAGUGUAAGGUGUAAAUUGGAAGAUUGGUUAGCAUCUUUGGAGCAGUUGUGAGAUUUUGUAGUUUUCCUGUUAGACAUUACCGCUGCCUUCCUGUUACUAUACUGCAAAUCUGAUAUGCUGUCAAAAGAGGGGUGAGGAAUGAGAAUACUGCCUGUUUUGUUGUGUAUUUUAUUAUACAGAAUAAAAAGCUCAAACUAA